GCCUGCUGGCAUUCAAGUCUGCAGCAGACGAAGGACAGAAACAAGGCCAAGACUCUCAUGUGCUGCUCUUGGAGAUGUUUUCCAAACUUCUGGAACUCUUGACCGUCCGCCACCGGCUGAUAGAAAUGAGCCUGGAGAAUGCACACUUAGCUCGGCUCUAUAAAGAAUUGGCCUGGGAGAUGGGUUUUGAAGAGUUCCAUUUGUAUCUGAGGCCUGUUCACUUUGAAUUUGCAUCACACAGGGACAGGGCAGACCAGCCACCUCCUGUCUUGAUAACCUCUCUGCUGGAGGACGGUGGUCGGGUAGACAGAUAUUCUCCUACUGCUCUUGUCUUAGCCAUCUCUGAGGUGGAUGAUAACCAAAUUGGCAAAUUUAGUUUUUACACAAAGGAAGCCAUUCUUAAGCUCUUGUUGCAUUCUGGAGUGGAAAAUAUGCAGGUGACUCUUGCAUGCCAAGCUGCUCAGAAAAAUGCUUUGAUGGUGGCUGUCCAGAAGGUGUACUUCUAUCACACCCCUCAAGGGAGCUGUCCUGCUAAUAUCAAGGAAAUAAGUUCAGAUCUGAGAAAUCAUGGUGGAAUGGGCCCAACCAGAAGAAGAUAUUCCAGAAUUGUGAAUGGCAUAGACAGCUCGCUGAUAGCCCCAACUCCAAAAGUCCCAGAUACCCUUACUCAUUCUCCAGAAAGAUUUCAGGCUACCAAAAGGGCUCCAGAGGCCUUUGUGUCUAUUCACCUGGAAAAGGUGGGGCUGCGGGACAUGAUGCUGAACACCUUCCUCCUGAGGAAACAAACCAUGGCCGACAGAAUGAAGAGCGCUGAUGAAAUUGGAAAAGUCAAGAGAGAUGUUAUAGUUGAAUAUUGUCAGAAAUUUAACCACCGCAUGCCUCACUAUGCCCUUUGGGGUCAGAUCAUGGCAUACUGCAAUAGCCUGAGAGAUCUUCUGGAAGAUUUUCCUACCAUCAGGGACACCUUUUUCAUGGUAGGGCAACCACAAGAGAAGAAGGGGUUGAGGGACUCCAAGGAGGGCCUCAAGGCUGACCCCAGAAGAUUUCAGCCCCGGCCACGAUGUUUGCUGUCAGCGGAUGGAAAAGUCUUCCUCAAUUUAUGGUUCAUACCCCAUUCUUCUGAAGUGCUGGUUAUAUUCAAAACUCUGCCAGAAAAGGCAGCUUUUAAAGCCUUAAAGCGAACUCUACAGCUGAUAGCUCCUCUGCAUGAUAUCGUGGCCUACCUUGUCAGUUUUGCUAAGCUUGGCAAUUGUCCAGCAUGUUUUGAAUUUCCUGUAAGUCCCAACCCUUCGAGAGGUGACUGGGGAGGAACUGAGGGCAUUGGGUCUGAGCUUCAAGAGCUGCAGAACAUGAUUGACAGCCUCCGGAGUCCCCAAGACCCUACCCGUGUGGCCCAGGCACUCCUCCUCCAGAGGGAGGUUAUGUUUUUGCAUUUUGACACUGCAGUAAGGCAUCUCAUCCGAAGAACAUUUUUGGCAGCUGGAAAUGUUCCUGCCUACCAGUCUGUCACAGACGGCAUGUGCCAUGGGCUACCAGCACUGAGCAACUCUCUCAGGAAGAGCAUUUUUGCCUCGCAGCUCAGCCUGCCCCAGCCACUGGAUCCACGGAGCCUCCAGGCAUUUGAGCUGUUUCCUUGGAGAGCAUUUCUGGAAGAUGGAGGACCAUUCCCAGUUAUGAGUAGCAGCCCAGAUACCCUAGAAUAUAAUAUGCAUGUAGGAUAGGUCUUCUCCAUUGUUGCAGAGAGAACUGAGUGCCGACUGCAAAGAUGGUUGCCAUUGGGUUCACAGGUCAGAUCCUCCUACUCUCACCCACAAUGAAUAAUGUGUGAGAUAAGCAGGGUGUUUGAUUUUGAGGCUGUAAACCCGGGGCCACGAGGUGAGUCACAUUUUCUUAUGAUAGAAGGGAAGCAUGCUCUCAACUGGCAUGGACCUGGGUUGUAGACUCAGCUGCAGUUUUCGUAACAGUAGUAAUCUGGGAGAAUGGCCAGUCAUCUCCAGUCAUGGGCUGGGCCUCUUAGAGACACUUCCAGGCUGGCGGCUCAGAGAUGUGUCCUGUCCAUAAACAGUGGUGGGAAGGGAA